AAAAACGUUUGUUAUCCCUUUAAACGAACUCAUACUUUUCCUAGUCGCAACUUAAUUUUUUUUAGUUUCUUCAAAUUAUUGAAUUUUUAUUUUAUGUUAUUUAUCUCUUGUAUAAAUAUGUAUAAAUUUUGAGUUGUUUUGUUGAUUUCUUUUUUUUUUUUUACCUGAACCUUUCUAUCGUCAUUGUAUCGUUAAUCGACUUAAUACACGACCUCCAUUUUUGUUGCAACUAUUUCAUUCGGCAUAUUUCUUACAGUGUUUCUUGAUUCAAUUAUUUUUUAAAUCAUUUUUUGAAUUUUUAAAUGCAUUUCUACGAAAAUCAAAAUUUAGGUUAAAUCAAAUAUACAUUUCUAAAAAGAAGAAUAGACAGAAAUUAAUAUUUAUAAAAUCAUGUUUGAUGAUAAUAGGUCGUAGAUUCUAACAAAUUUGACAUUUACAUCUACAGAUAUAACCUGAAGAAAUAUGUUUAAUAUAAUUUAUUGUAAAGCAUUUAACAUGUGAAAGAAAUAUUCGCAAAAUACAUUGUAUAAUACAAAUUCUUUAUAUGAAUAUAUAUAUAAAAAAAAAAUUAAACUAUUGUAAAUUUAGAAUAUGAAUAAUAGAAUAGAACAAUUUUUAUGUAUAAAUUUCAAUUUAGAAUUUGAAAUAUUCAUCAAUUAAAUCACGUAAUUUUUUUAAUGUCUGUACAUUGUGAAAAACAUGCCUCUGUUCGGAAAGUCUCAAAAGAGUCCGGCGGAGGUGGUGAAAGCUCUUAAGGAAGCAGUAAAUGCAUUGGAGCGUGGUGAUAAGAAGGUAGAAAAGGCUCAAGAGGAUGUCAGUAAAAAUUUAGUACAUAUAAAAAAUAUGCUUUAUGGAACAGCUGAAACAGAACCUCAAGCAGAUAUUGUUGUUGCCCAAUUGGCGCAGGAAUUGUAUAAUAGUAAUUUGUUGCUUUUACUUGUGCAAAAUCUUAGUCGCAUAGAUUUUGAGGGAAAAAAAGAUGUUGCUCAAGUAUUUAAUAACAUAUUACGGAGACAAAUUGGAACCAGAUCUCCAACAGUAGAAUAUAUAUGUACUAAACCAGAAAUAUUAUUUACUCUUAUGUCUGGGUAUGAACACCAAGACAUUGCUUUAAAUUGUGGCACUAUGUUAAGAGAGUGUGCAAGAUAUGAGGCCUUGGCUAAAAUCAUGAUCUAUUCGGACGACUUUUACAAUUUUUUCAGAUAUGUUGAAGUAUCAACUUUUGACAUAGCUUCCGACGCGUUUUCUACAUUCAAAGAAUUACUUACCAGGCAUAAAAUACUGAGCGCUGAGUUUUUAGAAAUUAAUUACGAUAAAGUUUUUUCUCAUUAUCAAAGGUUAUUGAAUUCAGAAAAUUAUGUUACACGACGACAGAGUUUGAAACUAUUAGGAGAACUUUUACUUGAUAGACAUAAUUUCACUGUAAUGACACGGUAUAUUUCAAAUCCUGAUAAUUUGAAAUUGAUGAUGAAUAUGCUUAAAGAAAAAUCACGUAAUAUUCAAUUUGAAGCGUUUCAUGUGUUUAAGGUGUUCGUGGCGAAUCCAAAUAAACCAAAACCAAUUUUAGAUAUAUUAUUGCGCAAUCAGGAAAAAUUAAUCGAAUUUCUAACGCGCUUCCACACUGAUCGUUCGGAAGACGAACAAUUUAAUGAUGAGAAAGCGUAUCUUAUUAAACAGAUUAAAGAGCUUAAGUCUGUACAUGAAAAUUAAAUUCAAAAUAUAAAUUAUUGCUACAGCUAUCGUUAA